CGGAGGAGAGAGCUGUUAGUUGUUGGUGUAUUUUUUUAGCCUUUUUUAUAAGUAAUAUAGCUGUAGAGCCAAGUAUUGUUGUAAUUCAAACCCAGUAAGUGAAUUAUCGACCAAUUAGAGUGAUAUAUCAUCAUCUCCCAUUAAUUCAUCAAAGUAAUUUACGAAAGAAAUGGCAGCUCUCGCUCGCACCCUGCGACCCUUGAUGAGGUCCACCCGAGCUCAGAAGAGGUUUUACGCCGAUGCGGCGGCUGAUCAGCUCAAAUUCACAUUCGCUGGUGCAAAUCAGGUAUUUUACGACCAAGCUGUCGUUAAGCAGGUUGAUGUGCCAUCAUUCUCAGGCUCUUUUGGCAUUUUGGCAAAGCAUGUGCCCACCUUGGCUGUUCUAAAGCCUGGAGUAGUGACAGUGUAUGAGCAGGAUGGUAACACCAAGAGGAUUUUUGUUUCUUCUGGCACUGUUACAAUCAAUGACGAUUCCAGUGUACAGGUUCUUGCGGAAGAAGCACAUCCUGUGGAAUCAUUAGACGCGUCUGCAGCUAGAGAUAUUCUUAGUAAAGCACAACAACAGUUGUCAUCUUCCUCAUCAGAGAAAGAUAAGGCUGAAGCUGCCAUUGCCGUUGAAGUUGCUGAAGCUUUAGUUCAAGCUGCUGCAUAAAUUUACUUUUUAAAAACAGUUCCAUCAUAACAAAAAAAAAAGGAAUUCUCUUGUACAUCAUACAAUUAGAAACUUAAUGUAUAAUAGCAGUCAUUCACAUUGGGGAUACACAUGAAUGUGUCAAAAAUGAAAAUAAAAUGUUGAUUUUAAAAUGGAAAAAA